CCCACUACAAGUUUUAUGGAAUUGCCUAUCAAGGCCAAUAUGGAGUUGGAAAGUCCUGCGUGGCUGGAUGCGCCUUACGUCCAGAUGGUUUUACGAAAGGCUGAAAAUGACGAAUCUAUCGAAGUCUCCAAUAUAUCUGUGCGGCCGGCAACGGCUAAGGGUGAUAAUUAUCUGAGCGACAUGUACCGAAUCGCCGUAGAAUUUUCACGAGUUCAAGGUGACGAAAGAAACCAGGAGGAGAGACCUCUUAUACUAAAACUCUUACCGGAGGACGAGUUUCGAGAGCAGAUGAUAAGCAAAUUUGGAUACUUUGCCACGGAAUUGUCAAUGAUGUCGGAAACACUUCCACGAAUGAACGAAAUUCUUGCGAAAUUUACGAAGACGAAGCUCAGCGCGAGAUGCUUAUACGUUCAGUACGAAAAACCGACUCACGUAUUCAUCGAAGAUUUGGCGCCCGCAGGCUUCCGAAUGGCUGUUCGCCAAGAAGGUCUUGAUCUGGACCACUGUCUGCUUGCCGUUAGGAAUCUUGGCGUAUUUCACGCUAGUUCAGUCGCACUUGGAGAACAGGAUCCUACGGCAGUGACAAGGUACGAAAAAGGAAUGCUUCAUAAGGAUCAUUCGACUGCUGCGAGCACAGCUUUCAAAGCGUGUAUGAAACACCUUGCAGUGGAGUCAGCCAAGUGGCCAGAGCUAAAUCCGAGAAUUCCGGAGAAACUUGUCAAGUUAUCCGAAUGCACGUAUGAGAAAGGAUGCGAAGCAGCUCUCGCUAGAGAAGAUGAUUUCAAUGUCCUUAAUCAUGGAGAUUUCUGGAUAAACAAUAUGAUGUUCCGAUAUGACGAACGGGAAAAACCCAUGGAUUACAUAUUUGUGGAUUUUCAAAUAAGUCACCGUGGCUCGCCGGCUGAAGAUCUUCUCUAUUUUUUUGCCACAAGUCCGUCGGAUGAUAUUCGACAUCACAAACGCGAACAACUCCUGAAGGAGUAUCACGACUCAUUAGCCAACACCAUGAGCAAACUGAAGUGCAAAACGGAAGUGCCAAGCUUUGAUGCUCUGCAAGAAUCAUUAAUAAAGCGAGCUUACAUUGAAGUGAUCGCUUCUGCGACUAUCCUGCCGAUUGUCUUACUCGAGAAAGGCGACAACGUGGAUUUAACAAAAUUGUCUGGGAUUGAUGGAGAAUACGAUAAUCCAGCUUAUCGAGGAAAAGCGUACAGAAGAAUUAUGACUAGAAUCUUGCCAGUAUUUGACAGUAUAGGAUUACUAGAUGUGUACCAAAAUUGUUUGCGUGAUGUGUUAAAGUGUUUGUUGUUGAUGUACGUUUUUAAGGCGAAAAAUUUGUACCCUAUGGGAGUAUUGCGUGAUGUAAAACUCCCACCGUUGAAAGUUAUGUUGUCAAGUUUUUUAAUCGUAAAUUCACCUUGCCAGUCGCUUGAAUACUACACGAUUUAUUAUGUAACUCGUUAUAUAAGAGAGAUUAUAAGAAAUCGUCAACAAUCGUUAGAUAGUAUAAUCACCAUCCUGAGCACUAGUUGGAUUCAAGACGUUUGCUGUGGCUAUAUAAACAUCGUUGAAAGGCGAGAGCUGAGCAGUAUUUAUAAAAGAUCUUGGCAGUGUUCACGUUCGAGGUUGAUAGCAUACAAUCACUUUGCAAUCAUCAACUUUCAUACUCUUCUAAAUUACGCGCAAGCGAUAAUUCUGAACUGGAAAAAAUUAUCAUUGAAUAGAUUUCUUGAAGUGCAAUUCAGUCCAUUGCAACGAUUUGUGACGUUACUCAAUAAAAAAUAUAAAAGUAUGACGAUGCAAAACGUAGAUUGGCUUGACGAAGGCUUCAUGCAAAAGGUAUUGCGAAAGGCUGAAAAUGACGAAUCCAUAGAGGUAUCUGCGAUAAAUAUCAAAGCGGCAACGGCGACAGGUGACAAUUAUUCAAGUGAUAUACAUCGUAUCGCGGUAGAAUAUUCCCGGAUACAACAUGGUCUUAGAACUCAGGAGAAAACAUCACUCCUAGCAAAAGUCGCACCCCAAGAUGCCGUACGAGGAGAUCUGAUUGCGGAGGCAGGAGUAUUUGAUAUCGAGCAGGCAGUGAUGUCUGUUACGUUGCCAGAGAUGGAGAAACUACUAUCACAGUUUUCUUCAACGUUAUUGGGUGCUCGAUUUCUAUACGUUCGGAAUGAGAAUCCAACAACUGUAAUCAUCGAGGAUUUGGCACCCAAGGGUUUCAGGCUAGCUAAUCGUCAAGCAGGUCUAGAUUUGGAUCACUGUUUGUUCGCUAUGAGAAAUCUCGCUCAAUUUCAUGCCGCUUCAAUUGCACUUGAAGAAAAGGAUCCGAAGGCAUUGGCAAAGUACAAUAUGGGGCUAUUUCACAAGGAUCGAAAACCUGUAAUGAAAUCGUUCUUUGGAAUAAGUGUGAAAAGUCUUGCACGUGCGAUAGCUGACUGUAACGAACUGAAUCCAAGAAUUAUAGAGAAACUUAAUAAGCUAUCCGAUGUCGUCUACGAAAAGGCAUGCGAGGCUACCGUCAUUAGCGAGGAUGAUUUUUACGUUCUUAACCAUGGAGAUUGCUGGGUAAACAAUAUGAUGUUCAAGUACGAUGAACGACAAAAGCCUGUCGAUCAAAUAUUCGUGGAUUUUCAACUGUGCCAUCGAGGCUCACCAGUGGAUGACAUUCUUUACUUUAUUGGUACGAGUCCAUCCGAUGAGGUCCGGCAACAUCAUCGGGAACGACUUCUGGUAGAGUAUCACACCUCUUUGGCCAGCACUAUGACCAAACUUAAGUGCGAAAGGGAAGCUCUGAGCUUUGAUAACUUACAAAAGGAGCUGAAGCAGCGAGCUUUUUGCGAAGUCGCUGCAAGUAUGACAGUGCUGCCAAUCGUUAUGCUCGAUAAGGGUGAAGUCCUUGAUGUUGGUGAAAUCAUGCAGGCGGACGGGGAAUAUGAUAACCCAAGCUACCGCGGAAAGUCGUACAUCAAGAUCAUGAGCAGACUUUUGCCGUUGUACGAUAGUAUGGGCUUACUUGACGCUUGAAAAUCUGAUAUAACUGUGAAUUUCUUUCUAAUGUAUAAAUACU